AUGGUUUGGGACGGCGGAAUCGAGCCCAAUGGCACAGAGGGCAAGAACUUUUACAUCCCCAUGUCCAACAGGACUGGGAUUGUUAGAAGUCCUUUCGAAUACCCUCAGUAUUACAUGGUGGACUCCAUGAUGUACAAAGUUCUAGCUUUCUACAUGUUUUUCCUGAUCUGCACUGGAACCCCCAUCAACGGUCUGACGUUGUUCGUCACAGCUCAGAACAAGAAACUCAGGCAACCUCUCAAUUACAUCCUGGUCAACCUGGCCGUGGCAGGGCUCAUCAUGUGCGCCUUCGGAUUCACCAUCACCAUCACCUCUGCUUUUAACGGCUACUUCAUUAUGGGAGCCACUGCCUGCCAAGUUGAGGGAUUCAUGGCCACACUCGGAGGUGAAGUCGCUCUCUGGUCUCUGGUCGUCCUGGCUGUUGAGAGAUACAUCGUUGUCUGCAAACCCAUGGGAAGCUUCAAGUUCUCCGGAACUCACGCCGGAAUUGGAGUCCUCUUCACCUGGAUCAUGGCUUUCGCAUGCGCUGGCCCCCCACUGUUCGGCUGGUCCAGGUACCUGCCCGAGGGCAUGCAGUGCUCAUGCGGACCCGACUACUACACUCUGGCUCCCGGCUUCAAUAAUGAAUCCUACGUCAUGUACAUGUUUGUCGUCCACUUCUUCCUUCCAGUCUUUGUGAUUUUCUUCACUUACGGAAGCCUGGUGCUGACAGUCAAAGCCGCUGCAGCCCAGCAGCAGGAGUCAGAGUCCACCCAGAAGGCUGAGAGGGAGGUGACCCGCAUGUGCGUCCUGAUGGUCUUUGGCUUCCUGGUAGCUUGGGUGCCAUAUGCAUCUUUCGCUGGCUGGAUCUUCUUGAACAAGGGAGCUGCCUUCACCGCCAUGACUGCAUCCAUCCCUGCCUUCUUUGCUAAGAGCUCAGCUCUCUACAACCCUGUGAUCUACGUGCUGUUCAACAAACAGUUCCGUAACUGCAUGCUGAGUGCUAUUGGAAUGGGAGGCAUGGUGGAGGAUGAAUCCUCAGUGUCUGCCAGCAAAACAGAAGUGUCCUCAGUCUCUUAA